ACAUUGAUGACGACACCAGACCAGAGCUCUGUUGCUUUGGCGGUGUCGUUCACACCUUCCUUUCGGGCGGUGGCGAUGCGUCAUAGGUGCGACAAACGCGAUGGCGGCGAGUAAGAAGAAUGUAUUGUCGUCCCUGGCGGUGUAUGUCGGGGACUCGGAGCCCGAACUGGAGAGUGACGGGGAAGUGGAAGAUGACCUAGUCCUAGGCAGUCUGGUGCCCCGUUCAUACGGAGAGGAUGACAUAAGCAGAGUGGAAGAAGAUGGAUCCAACAAAGAUGAUGAUGAUGCUAGCCAACAUUCUGGAGAGGACGAUUCAGAGAAUGAGACUCAGGAGACUGUUGAAAUUAAGGAACAGUCAGAGCUGGAGAAGAGAGACCCCCAGGAAUUAGUGGCCUCCUUCUCAGAGAGGGUCCGGAACAUGUCUCCAGAUGACAUCAAAAUCCCUCCCGAGCCUCCGGGCCGAUGUUCCAAUCACCUGCAGGAGAAAAUUCACAAACUGUAUGAGAGAAAGCUGAAAGAAGGGACAGAUAUGAAUCAGAUGAUACAGAAGAAGAAAGAGUUCCGGAACCCCAGUAUUUAUGAAAAACUCAUCCAAUUCUGUUCUAUUGAUGAGCUUGGAACAAAUUAUCCUAAGGAUAUGUUUGAUCCCCAUGGAUGGUCAGAAGAUUCAUAUUAUGAGGCUCUUGCGAAAGCCCAGAAGAUUGAAAUGGACAAACUUGAGAAAGCAAAAAAAGAGCGAACAAAGAUUGAGUUUGUAACUGGUACAAAGAAGGGUACAACUACCAGCACAGCAACAGGGACAACCAGCACCAUAACUACUGCCACAGCGGAUGCACAGAAAAGGAAAAGCAAAUGGGAUUCCGCUAUACCGAUGACCACUAUUGCCCAGCCGACCAUCCUCACCACAACUGCCACACUGCCUUCUGUCGUCACAGUAACCACCAGUGCGAGUGGAUCAAGAACUACGGUCAUUUCUGCUGUGGGGACUAUUGUUAAGAAGGCUAAGCAGUGAUUUAUGGGAACAUUUACAAACCGGACUUUGAUGAAAUAGAUGUCUUUCACUGACUCCGAAUGCCUCAGUAUUGUACACAAUCAGGUUUUUACUGCUUGGGAAUCGCUGCAGCAACAACAUGAGAGAUUUAUAGCGUCAGGCUAGCAGGACAAUGAAAAGGAAAAACGAUGUUCCCCACGUGUUAACGCUACAGAAGACUGUCUGGAAUGGCAAACUACUUUUGUGUGUCGGCUUUGUUCUCC